AAGUUCUCUUAAAAAACUCUUCUUCUUUUCCUUUGAAAAUUGUUUCUUCAUUUUGUGCACUUUUUUAACGAUUUAUUUUCUGUCAUACAUGGCCUCUGAUGAUGUAUCAGAAAGCAUGCAGCUUGUUCUUGGUAAAGAUGAGUUUGAAGACUUUGAGGUCACAGAAGUUGAUGGAGCCCUUCUUUGGGACUUGCUUGAAGAGUUGGAGAAUGAGGAGGAGGAGAAGAAGGAUGAGAAAAUAGGGGAUGUUGAUGAUGCUAAUAGCAUGACAGAUGGGCAGGUUUCAGUGGAGCAGCAUGAUGAGAUUUGCACCCCUGACUUAAAGUGGGGAGAUGCAGACAUGGCGGAGACAAACCCAUCAUCAUAUGAAAUGGAAGCUUGGUUUGCAGAUGACAUGGUGGGAAUGGUGGAUUUUGGUUGUGGCGUUGGAGAUUUUCCACAGUUGCGUAAUGGUCUUCACAUUGGAGCCUCCUGCAAUGAAAUAACUUACAAUUGCUUGUGGGGAGAUAGUUGAUUAUAAGGAAAAGUGUGUGCUUAUGGAUGUGUAGGGAAGAAUAAUUAGAAAUGUUAAAGAAGCAUGAUCCAUGGACCACCUUUACCUGCGCAUGUAAUAUAAUAUAUGCAUGUCACCAGUUACUAGAAUAUUUAAUUUACUGUCAUCUUAAUUAAAUAAGUAAUGACAGAAUUUCACUUCA